UCCAUAACUCAUAACCCAUGCUUCCCUCAAGCUCCAAAAUACUCACAUCAUCAACAUUCUCUUCCUUCAGGGCCUUCUCGACUACUUCCAGGUCCCUGACAAAGAGAGAAGCCUUCGUCGAGCUUCUUCAAGAUGUCCCAGGGCUAGGGAAAGGAUAUGAUCGUCUUUUUGUCGCUCCCGGUAGGGCUAGAAAUGAUCUCGUGCCCGCAAGAAAGGCCCGAUUUGUCGCUUUCAAAGAUAAUAAACAACGCCAAAUACUGAGAAUGACUGAGGAAGAGCGAAAAGUCCAUUGGUUACAAGUCGAAGCUCCCGGGGCUACCCCCGAGAAUCCACAAGCAUCUUCAGAAGGUCCACAACAAACUCCUCAGCAUCUCCUUGACUCCCUGUUUUUACUUCCCAAUACUCUCCACUUCCCUCUUCGAACGGUUUCCCCUACUUCUCCCACUUUGCACGGAUCUCUUAGUCUUUCCAACGUGUACGAAGUACUCGAAACCAACUACGGUUUGAGCUCAAAGGACGUAGAGGUUUCGUGGGUAGAGCAGGAAGCUGGAGCGAGAAUGAAGGAGCUUGGGAUCUGGAAGGCCUCGGUGAAGUUGAGAACGGGAGGUCAAGAGGAACAGACCGUGGACAUCGAAGUCGACCGGCUGGUGUCAGGCGACGUUUAAUUCGGGAUUUUGUUCAGAUCGAUGGAGUGCGACAUUGGUUUCAUGAAUGCAUUGUUGUUAGAAG